GUCCCGGAAGUGCCCCUCUCUGGGACGCUGGUCGCCAGGGGCCGCUCGCGGGCCUGGUCUCCUUGGCAACAGGAGCUCCGCCCCUCCGCCCCUAUAACCUUUAGGGUGCGCGGGCGCCGCGUCUGUGCGCUCACUCCCUCUCCGCCCCUUCGCUCAGGCCUCCUCGGCCGGAAGCGAAGAUGGCGGCAGCAGCGGCAGCGGGCGCGGCGUCUGCCGAGCUAGUGAUCGGCUGGUGCAUCUUCGGCCUCCUGCUCCUGGCUAUUUUGGCAUUUUGCUGGAUAUAUGUUCGUAAAUAUCAAAGUCAGCGGGAAAGUGAAGUUGUCUCCACCAUAACAGCAAUUUUUUCUCUGGCGAUUGCACUGAUCACAUCAGCACUUCUCCCAGUGGAUAUAUUUUUGGUUUCUUACAUGAAAAAUCAAAAUGGUACAUUUAAGGACUGGGCUAAUGCUAAUGUCAGCAGACAGAUCGAGGACACGGUAUUAUAUGGUUACUAUACCUUAUAUUCUGUUAUAUUAUUCUGUGUGUUCUUCUGGAUCCCUUUUGUCUACUUCUACUAUGAAGAAAAAGAUGAUGAUGAUACUGGUAAAUGCACUCAAAUUAAGACAGCACUCAAGUAUACAUUGGGAUUUGUUAUGAUUUGCGCACUUCUUCUUUUAGUUGGUGCUUUUGUUCCAUUGAAUGUUCCCAAUAACAAAAAUUCUACAGAAUGGGAAAAGGUGAAAUUCCUGUUUCAAGAACUUGGAAGUAGUCAUGGUUUAGCUGCCUUGUCAUUUUCCAUUAGUUCUCUGACCUUGAUUGGAAUGUUGGCAGCUAUAACCUACACAGCCUAUGGCAUGUCGGCACUGCCUUUAAACCUGAUAAAAGGCACGAGAAGCGCUGCUUACGAACGUUUAGAGAACACUGAAGACAUUGAAGAAGUGGAGCAACACAUCCAGACAAUUAAAUCGAAGAGCAAAGAUGGUCGACCUUUGCCAAUAAGGGAUAGACGUGCCUUAAAACAAUUUGAAGAAAGGUUACGGACACUUAGAAAAAGAGAGAGACAUUUAGAAUUCAUUGAAAAUAGCUGGUGGACAAAAUUCUGUGGUGCUCUGCGUCCCCUGAAGAUCAUUUGGGGAGUAUUUUUCAUCUUAGUUGCAUUGCUAUUUGUAGUCUCUCUCUUCCUGUCAAACUUGGAUAAAGCUCUUCAUUCAGCUGGAAUAGAUUCUGGUUUCAUAAUUUUUGGAGCUAACCUGAGUAAUCCACUGAAUAUGCUUUUGCCUUUACUACAAACAGUGUUUCCUCUUGAUUAUAUUCUUAUAACAAUUAUUAUUAUGUACUUUAUUUUUACUUCAAUGGCGGGGAUUCGAAAUAUUGGCAUAUGGUUCUUCUGGAUUAGAUUGUAUAAAAUCAGAAGGGGUAGAACCAGGCCCCAGGCUCUUCUGUUUCUCUGCAUGAUACUUCUGCUUAUUGUCCUUCACACUAGCUACAUGAUUUACAGUCUCGCUCCCCAAUAUGUUAUGUAUGGAAGCCAAAACUACCUAAUAGAGAGCAAUAUAACUUACGAUGACCAUAAAGGCAAUUCAACUCUGUCUGUGCCAAAAAGAUGUGAUGCAGAUGCCCCUGAAGAUCAAUGUACUGUCACCCGGACAUACCUGUUCCUUCACAAGUUCUGGUUCUUUAGUGCUGCCUACUAUUUUGGUAACUGGGCCUUUCUUGGGGUGUUCGUGAUUGGGUUGAUCGUAUCCUGUUGUAAAGGGAAGAAAUCGGUCAUUGAAGGAGUGGAUGAGGAUGACUCAGACCUAAGUGAUGAUGAGCCCUCCAUCUAUUCUGUCUGACUGCCUCUCUGGUACGGGUUUUACAAAGCUGACUAUUUCUUGUGUAUUUUUAAAGUGUCAAACUAACAUUAGGAUGAACUGACUAGCUUUCAUCAAAAAUGGGAGCAUGGCUAUUAAAAAACUAUAUUUUUUAUGUUUUCUGAAGUAAUGUUAUUGUAUCAUAGAUUAACAUUUAAAUUGCUAUAAUAAUACUGUGUAAAUAUAAAACUACUGGCUUUGUGAGGGAAUGUGGAAAUUUUUUUUCUAGUGUGUAAUAUAAUAGUGAUGAAUUGAUUAAAAAUCUUCCAGAAGUAAUAUUCCCUUUUGUCACUUUGUAAAAAUGUAAUAAAUCACUCAUAUUUGUGCCUUUGGGUCUCUAUAGAGUAAUGUGGAAUUUUCAAGUGUCUAUAUCUGAUUUCUAAAAAUAAUAUUUAUAAUAGAGCUGAUAAAUAAAUAUUACUCCCCAAUACAGCUUGUUUUCUAUUUUAUACAUUAAAUCAUUAGUGCCAUUGAAAUAGAUUUCAUGACUAAAUUUCAAGGCUACAUGUUGCACUAAUAAAACCAUGGCAUUCCAAGAUGUAUUAUAUUUAAAGAUAAUUAUCCAUUAGCUAUCUUAUCACCUCUACAGUGUUAAAGACACAUACAUUUUUGUAGGUUGCUAACCUUAAAAUUUGUAUGCCAGCAUAAAUGGGAGUAUUGUCAAUAAUAGCUAAUGCUGGGAAAAAAAUCAAUGUUCUAAUCAGUAUAAGAUAUAUGACAUGUUUUGGCUUUUAAAAAUAUUGUUCUCAUUCUAAAGAUUUAGAAUUUGCCAAAGAUAUAGGGAAAGCUAUAUAAUUAUUGAUUGGCUAUUUUGUAUUCAUUCUAGAAGGUGAGAGAUCAUCACAAGUAAUAUCCAAGCUUACUACCACAGGCAAAUUAGAACUCAUAAAAAGCACAUAUUAUGAUCCUUGAAAUAAAAUAACCAUUAAGUAUCUGAAAAAAACUUAGGCAUUAACAACCACCUCCCACUUAAUUCUUCUCUGCCUUAAUUUUUGUGCCACUUUGGGGUUCUGAUUCUUUGUCUGUCUUGGUAGACCUUUGCACCCCUUCAUGUUUGGCACCCUUUAAUAGUAUUCACCAAGAUCCAUCCCCUUGUAUUCUUAUUUCACAUUUUCUUUCUGGUCAAUCUCACAUACCCUUGGCUCCACCUAUGUUAUUCUUAAGCUGCAAACUUUUACUUCUUUGUUAACUAGAAAUUACUACUUCAAUUACAGCAUGUUGAUAAUUGAACUUCUCAUUUUUUUCUGGGCAUAUCAAGCCUCCUCCCAUAUUCAUUUUUUGACAAAUGGCUCCAGCUCAUACAUGAUUGCCGAAACAAACAAA